AUGCUCCAGUUCAAAGAUUUAAGGGUCAUGAUUGAAGGCAUACAGUCAACGCGAGAGUUUACUUCUCUUUUCAACAGCGUGAAUAUCAAGCCAUAUCCAGGGGUAUAUCGAGAUCUGUUUCCUGUGGAGACUCGGCAGACGUUCCUGAGCGUUGAAUACAACACUUGUCCCGAAACAAUCCAAGACAACGAUAACCCCAAGGGUUCAAGGUCCUAUAGCUUCCCAUUCUUCUUCAUUCUCCCCGCCACAACCACACGCCCCGACGAUGGGAUACCACGGCUGUGUCAGUCACUACCGCCGACUUUCGAGGCUAAUAUUCAAUCCUCGGCCUCUGAUCUAUCAGUACAGUACGUGAUCCGAGCUAUUAUUGACUGCGUAAGGGUGAGUUCUCGAGGUACAUCAGCUGCGGGCGUCAUUGAGGGCGCCAGAGAGAUCGGAUUCCUCCCAUAUACUAUGAUUCAGCCGCCAAUACAGACUGCUUGGUUCCCGAACGAGUUCAUCACAAGAGCUCUCCUACCAUUACGAAGACAUGUCUUUGGUCGUCGCCUCGGCUGCUUCACUCUAAGUGCCAGUGAACCUUGUCCUCUAAUCUACUCAUUACCCAGUGACUUACCGUCUACGGAGUGUGCCCUGAAAAUAAUUGCAUCUAUCAAAGUUUCUGCGAUAAGCCACCUACAGGAUAUAUCGUUGAAAAUUAAGUCGGCAAUUAGUGUGCGAACUUUCUACUCUCCAACACCAAGCUCUUGUGUACCGGGUCAGCUCUCUCAGUCGCGACGUACUGGGGUCCGAUUUGAUACGAAAGAAGUGGGCCGAGCUACUCAACACUGCGCGAAAAUAGAUUGGACUCCUUCCUCGGAAAGUCCUACAGCCAAUGAGUUCGGAAGUGAAGGGGAUCGAGACAGAGCAACAUCAGACGCCAAAGACAAGACCGAGGUAGGACACUGGGAAACCAUGAUCCUAGUCCCGUCGAAGCCGCAAGAGGCUUUGUUGCCAACGUUUUGCAGCACUCUACUUGCAAGGUCAUAUACAUUACGCGUCUACGUUCAGCUAUUAGGAGUUAAAACUGAGCGUGCUUUGCUGGAGGUACCUCUUCAGGUGGUCUAUCCAGUGCCCUCGAAAGCAGACAGCGCUUCAGGCCCUGAGAGACCGGGCCCUUGUAAAGGCCCGAUUAUUCUUCUUGCGCAAGACAAUGUCUUGCCACCGCGAUAUGAUUGAUUGUCACAAGCUGUAUUAUUUGAUUGAGAAAAUAUUAGUCAGGAGACUGGUACUCGAAGGAUGGCCGCCGGCUCAGAUAGCCGCGCUGUCAGCCUGAAGAUUAUAUAUGAUUUAAGUCGGAAUUUCUGAGCCUGCUGG